AUGUUAAAUUUAUUGAAGUAUGAAGAAUGUAUACGUCAUGCAAAUGAUGCAUUGCGAGAUUUGAUGGAACUUGUCAAUAUGCCCGAUUUUGAGGAUCACGAUGGUUGGAAGCAAAAAAUUUCGAAUAAAAACGAUGUUGUUUAUUCAAAACGCUAUAAAAUGGGAAAAGUUUUCACAAUGAGGCAAGCUUUUGUGGAACAUUGGGAAAAUUUCGUCGAUAUUAUUCAUUACAAUAAAAAUAUCUCAAGUGUGAAGAUUGUUGCUGAUCUAUCAUCUAACACCGAUAUUGUUUAUUAUGCAAUGAAUGACAUUUCAAGCAUCAAAGGUCGAGAGUUUCUAAUGUGUCGCACAUUUCGUCGUGCUGAUAACGAAAUUAUCGAAGCUGCACGAAGCAUUGAUCUUCCUGAUUUUGAAUAUAAUCCACAGAAAAUACGUGGCCAUAUUAUACUUGGUGGUGGACGUUUUCGAAUUCAUCCCAAAGACUCCACCAAAACAAUUGUUGACUAUGUGAUGUGUGUGGAUUUUAAAAUUCCGGAUAUACCAAAAGUAAUUAUGGAUACAACACUCAGUAUGCUAAUUAUACAAGAUGCAGAAUCGAUACGAAAACAAAUCGAAAAGCUUAAACGUGAAGCUGUAUGA